UGCCAUUACGUGUUAGUAUGAAGCUAAACAUACUUGCUCACUGAAGCUGAAGCAAUGUAGUGUUCCUGAAGUAAAAGUGAAAUGAGUCUUGCAAGCAAAACUCCUGCCGAAUGAGGAAGUGCUACUUCACAUUAACAAGAAGCAGGGAAGUAACCUAUCUUUGACAAAUGCAGCUGCUGCAACAGCACACCACUUUGUUUCUGUCUCACUUGCAGGGAGAAUACAAAGCUGUUGUCGGGACACAAUUCGAGUUAAAAAAAAUUCUCCAAAUGGGAUUCGGGAAGGAUUUGCGAGGACCUCAGGCCCAUGCAGCUGUGCUGAGGCUGCUAGACUCUGAGCUUCACAUGAUGGAGGUCAUGAAGAAAUGGAUGAGCCAGAGGGCCAAGAGUGACAGGGAGUUUGCGGUACAGCUGCAUCACAUGGCCGUCAUGGUGGACAAGCAGGAGCGGCCUCAGCCUGAAGCUGGAAUGGACCACAUCAGCCAGAUCAACAAGUCUUGGGUGGCUCUGGUGUCUCAGACAGACCUUCUGAGCCAGCUGAUGAGGAGGUGUUCUGAAGAGCUGCUAAACGGACCCGUCAGCAAAUUGACGGUGCUCAUCCGAGACAAACAGCAGCUCCGCAAAAACUUCACAGAGCAGUGGAGCCUCCUGAGGCAGGAGCUCAGCAAGGCCACUGAAACAGAUCUAGACAGGCUGAAGUGCAGCUACAGACAGGCGGCAAGAGACGCUGCUCAGGCAAAGAGGAAGUUCCAGGAUGCCAGUAAAGAUAGGGAGCGUGACAGAGCAAAGGAGCGAUGCGUCAAGGCCACGAUGAAACUGCACCAAGUGCACAAUGAAUAUGUGCUGUCGGUGCGUGCCGCUCAAGUCUACCAGCAGCAGCACCACGCUCACAUCCAGCCGGAUCUGCUGAAUGCACUGCAAGCUCUGCAGCAGGAGAUGGUGCUCAUCAUAAAGGAGAUCCUGCAGGAAUAUUUUGACAUUUCCUCCUUGCUUCAUGGAGAAGUGGUACACAUCCACCGGGAAAUGUCCACCGCCAUUACAUCCAUCGAUCCUCUCACAGAGUACGAGAGCUUCAUCCAACAGAACAGUUCUACCGGGGAGGUACCUGUUUGUGCGGAAUUCGACUGCAGUCUUUUAGAGAACACGGAGAAUUUAAAUCCUCACCAAGUCCAGUUAAACGACUUGACCCUGGAGACCAUCCAGCACAAGCAGACGACAGUGGAGGAGGAGCUGCUGGAGCUGAGCCGUUCACUGAGCUGCCAGCAGGUUUCGGUGGAACAGUUGGAGCUGGAGUUGGAAGUGGAGAGAGGAGUGGUCGGGAAGGGCCAGAGAGUGUACCAGCUGAGCAAGAGACAAGCUCUGGAGGAGUUUCGGCAGCAGGUAGCGCUGUCUCAAGGCAGGAGGGCCAAGCUGGAGAUCCAGAGGUUGAUUCUGAAGACAGCGUUGGAGCAGCUGGGCUCCCAAGAACCUCCUCCUGCUCUGCAGCUGGACAAAGACACACUUUCCAUUUCAUCCAAUACCAGCAACGUAACAAACGCUACCAAAAACGUGCUUGGCAGAGCCAAACAUGACAGCUUCCCUUGCCAAGCAUCUCCAUUAAUUUUCCUCAAAAUCAUGCCACCUGUUUCCAAUUUUCUCUUCUCCUCUGUGUUCCAGCUACAUGAGGUGGAUCGUCCUCUGGAGCAGCAGGACUGGUACCACGGAGCUGUUUCGAGGCCGGAGGUUCAGCAGCUGCUGCAGUGUGAUGGAGAUUUCUUGGUGAGGAAGAGUCAAGAAAAACAAGGUUAUGUGCUCUCUGUCCACUGGGAUGGCUCCUGCAAGCAUUUCCUCAUUCAGAGCCUAAACAAUGAGUACCGCCUGGAUGGGGAGAGCUUCAGCAGCAUCCCUCAUAUGAUCCAUCAUAUGCUCUCCUCCCGACAGCAUAUCACUCGCAAGUGUGAUAUAGAGCUGAGGAAACCUGUUCUCAAGGACAAAUGGGUCCUGGAACAUGACGGUGUUAUAUUAGGAAACAUCAUCGGGCGGGGUAACUUUGGGGAGGUGUACAGGGGGACUCUGUGUUGCGAUAACACCCUUGUGGCAGUAAAGACUUGUAAAGAGAACCUGGCACCGGAACACAAGAAUAAAUUCCUGAUGGAGGCCAGGAUCCUGAAGCAGUACGACCAUCCCAACAUUGUGAAACUGAUCGGUGUGUGCACUCAGAAACAUCCCAUCUAUAUUGUAAUGGAGCUUGUCAAAGGUGGAGAUUUCUUGUCCUUCUUGCGUCUGGACGGUUCAAGUCUGUCCCAUAAGAUGCUAAUCAGAAUGACAGAAAAUGUUGCGGCCGGCAUGGAGUACCUGGAGAGAAGGAAGUGCAUUCACAGAGAUCUGGCGGCCCGAAACUGUCUAGUGACGGAGCAGCGCGUCGUCAAGAUCAGUGAUUUUGGGAUGUCGCGGCAGCAGGAUGAUGGCGUCUAUUCAGCGGUGGGCAGUCUCAGACAGAUUCCAAUCAAAUGGACGGCUCCCGAAGCACUCAACUACGGUCGUUAUACCACCGAGAGUGACGUCUGGAGUUUUGGUGUGCUGCUGUGGGAGGUUUUCUCCAUGGGAAUGAUCCCUUACACCAGCAUGAGCAACCAGCAGGCCAGAGAGCAAGUGGAGAAAGGCUAUCGUAUGCCGGCUCCACACGACUGCCCGCCGGAAGUGUCCACGCUUAUGAGCAGCUGCUGGCAGCAUGAACCCAAAAAUAGACCAUCUUUUCAAACACUUAGGGCGGAUCUAAUUGACAUCUUGAAGAAUAAGACAUAAUACAAACCUUAUUUGCUUGUGUGUGUGAAGUUGAAAAAAAAAAAAAAACAGACA